AUGACAGCAUCUUGUGCCGGCGGGCUUGUGUUGCUGUGUCUUCCAACGGCAGCUUGUGCCGGCAGGCUCGGGUUGCUGAGUGCGAGUGAGGGCAUUCGUAGCCGGCCUGUCAUAACGGCAACCUGUGACCGCCGCGUUCAACGGCAGCUUCCAAUGGCAGCUUAUGCCGGCAGGCUCGAGUUGCUAUAUGCAAGGCAGGGUAUUUGCAGCCGGCCUGUGACGUCGGCAGCAGCUUUCAAUGGCAGCUUCCAAUGGCAUCUUGUGACUGCAGCUUGUGCCGGCGGGCUCGAGUUGCUAUGUACUAAACAGUCAGUCAGUCAGUCAGUUAGUCAGUUAAUUAAAAAAAGAGAGAGAAAAGUAGCUGCUGAGGGAGGACUUAUAUGCAAGCAAGGGCAUUUGCAGCCGGCCUAUGACGUCGGCAGCAGCUUGCAACAGCAGCUUGCAACAGCAGCUUGCAACAGCAGCUUGCAACAGCAGCUUGCAACAGCAGCUUGCAAUAGCAAGCUUGAGUUGUUGUGUGCUAGGGAGGGCAUUUGCAAUAGCAGCUUGUGCCGGCAGCCUCGAGUUGCGGCCGACAAGUCAGGGCGUUCCGGAUCGGCCUGUCAAAAUAGCAGCUUAUGCCGGCAAGCCCGAGUUGAUCUGCAGCUUGCAAUAGCUUGCUGUGCCGGCAGGCUUGAGCUGUGUGCGAGGGAGGGUAUUUGCAGCCGGCCUAUGACAAUAGCAGCUCGUAAUGGCGGCUUGCAACAUCCGCUUGGGCCGGCAGGCUCGAGUUGCUGUGUGCGAGGGAGGGUAUUUGCAAUAGCAGCUCGCAAUAGCAGCUUGCAAUAG